AUCAGAUGGUUAGAGGAAGGACAUGGAGGCAGCUACUUAGCUCAUCUUAUCAAGAAAGGCAGAGGAGAUCUGCUCCAUUCAGCUUGUGGGAAAAAGAAGCUUACUGCCGCUUGCUUAAGUAAAGAUCACAGCCUCAUCUAAGAAGAAGCAGACUGUUUUCUUAGGACGUCUUACAAGACCUACAGCCUCGGAGCGCUGGACGCAUUUCCCUGUAAACAGUGAAACCGACUGCUCGCACUGACAACUUUCAACAACUUUAAACUUGGACGAACUGUGUUUUUCUUAUCGUUUUAAAUACGAAUUCCAUUUUAUAUUGCAAAAGGCAUUGGCAUAGGGCCCAGGUAGCAUCGCUGAAGACGAGUACUUAUUUUAAUGCGUUUUUGGAAAAGUGAAAAAUUUCAGACCAGAGCAGAGGAGAACGAACGCCUCCUUCAGAUCAGUCACUUCUUCCUAUAGAUCCCGAGAAAGAAAAUAUCCACAGAGAUGCCUCGACCGGGGAGAAACACUUACAGCGACCAGAAACCACCUUACUCCUACAUUUCCCUCACUGCCAUGGCAAUCCAGAGCUGUCCGGAGAAGAUGCUCCCUCUCAGCGAGAUUUACAAGUUCAUCAUGGACAGGUUUCCAUAUUACAGAGAGAACACCCAACGCUGGCAGAACUCUUUGCGGCACAACCUGUCUUUCAACGACUGUUUCAUCAAAAUCCCACGGCGACCGGACCAGCCGGGUAAAGGAAGUUUCUGGGCGCUGCACCCCAACUGUGGCGACAUGUUUGAGAAUGGCAGUUUCUUGCGGCGCCGCAAACGCUUCAAGGUUAUGAUGACAUCAGACCACCUGGCUCCCAGCAAACCCUCGGACGCUGCCCAUUACCUCCAACAACAAGCUAAACUCAGGCUGAGCGCCCUGGCGGCCACUGGCACUCACCUUCCGCAGAUGCCCAGCUACAACUUAGGAGUGUCGCAGCCCUCAACUUUUAAACACCCCUUUGCGAUCGAAAACAUCAUUGCCAGAGAGUAUAAGAUGCCAGGAGGCCUCGCAUUUUCCACCAUGCAGUCCAUGUCUGCCGGGUACCCUCUGCACAACCAACUGACCACAGCAUGGCCCCAUAUGUAUAGCACCAGCGUGAUCGACACAGCAGCACCUAUAUCCAUGGCAAGUAGUGAUUACAGUGCAUAUGGCGUGCCUAUCAAGUCUCUUUGCCACGGUGGACAGACUUUGCCGGCCAUACCUGUGCCAAUAAAGCCUACUCCGGCCUCAGUGCCAGGUCUCUCUGCGCUGCCAGCGCACAUUCCGGCUUUCCUGUCGAACUCUCCUCAGUCUCUCAGUCCUACUUCUCCUCAGACAGCUACCAGCCAAAGCAGCCCUGCCACCCCGAGCGAGACGUUGACAAGCCCCUCCGCGCUGCAGUCGGUGGCGGUGCACUGACAAGGGCAAGUUUUCGGGACCUGAAAACUAGGCCUGCAGGUUUUUAUCCAAGUCCAAAGUUUUGUUUUUAUCCUCGCCCAUGAAAACUAACACCGAACAAGUAACUUCUACAAUCGUCAAGGCAAGAGAUUUGUGGUUUGCAGUAAUGUUUAUUUAUGUAUACGUAUUUUAAGCUCAGUGUUGCUUUGGAUGUUGUCUUAUCACAUGGGUUGAGUACAGUUUAAAUAGUGACAUGUUCUUUCAAGGCACAAGUUAUUUAAUGGUUUUUACUGUUCUGCAGGUAUAUUAAAUUGUGGUAAUUUUGAAGGAGUGGUUGCUUACAUGUUGUAGUGGUUGCUCACAAAGUACUGCGCGCAGUUUCUUCUGUCUCCUGAAUUUGGCGUG